AUGACUCCUCGCAGCACCGAAACUAUGUUUGACAUUGCAUCCGAUGUGAUAAACCUUCUCCGAAAGUCUAAGGAAACUCUCGCGGUGGCGGAAUCAUUAACAGGUGGCGGAGUUAUGAUGGCCUUGACCGCAGUUCCUGGUGCCAGCGAGUGUGUCCGAGGCGGUGUUGUUUCCUAUACCAUUCCGCUCAAAGAGAACAUUCUUGGUGUAGAUGAAAACCUAAUCGCACGUGAGGGCGUUGUUCACGCUUCUGUUGCCGCACAAAUGGCUGAAGGAGCACGUCGUGUUGCAGCCGUGGAUGGUAUUGAGGCGACAUGGGGUCUCGGAACGACGGGCGAUGCUGGGCCCGAUAAGCAAGGUAAAGAUGUUGGGACAGUCUUCCUCGCCGUUGCGGCCUCAGAUGAUACCCAGACAUGGGGUCCUUUUAGUUUUCCUGGGUCAAGGGAGCAAGUUCGCCAGGGGGCCAUAUUAGAGGCUCUAGCGCGUUUAAGGCAGGCUUUGGUUGGAAGAAAAGCAAACAGCUCCUAA